CUUACUUCUCAACUCAGCCUACCAGGAUAAGUGUUGAAAGUAAUCUUUAACGCCUUCACACACUAUUCAUAGUAAAAUUUUGUAUUUAUACAUGUGUUGCCUUCAAGAUGGCCAGUAUAGAUAGAAGUUUUCCAAACAUUUUAAUAACAGGUACACCUGGGGUAGGAAAAAGUUUACUGUCUCGUACUUUAUGUCAGAAAACUGGAUUAACUUCCAUUAAUGUUAGCGAUUUUGCUAUUGAAAAAGGCUGCGUGGAAUUUUAUGAUGCAGUAUAUGAGUGCCCUAUCUUAGACGAGGAAAAGUUAUUGGAUGAAAUGGAAGACCUUAUUUGUAAAGGUGGAGUGGUAGUUGAUUAUCAUGGGUGCGACUUUUUCCCUAAAGAAUGGUUUGACAUUGUUUUUGUGUUAAGGACGGACAAUACUAUUUUGUAUGAUCGCUUAACGGACAGAGGCUAUACAGGAAAGAAGUUGGAAGAUAAUAUACAGUGUGAAAUAUUUCAAAUUAUUCUUGAACAGGCAAGAACAACUUUUGAGGAAGAAAUAGUUUAUGAACUGACAAGUGAUAACAGAAAUCAAUUAAGGAGCAAUGUAAAUAGCAUAUUUCAAUGGAUCCAGCAAUGGAAAUUGGAUAAUCAAGAAGAAUAAUUUAACUCAUAAGUCUUGUUAUUUAUUUUUCAUACAAUAGUGCCUUUAUUUUACUAUUUUAACAUAUAAUGCUGUACAAAGUUACAGAAUAAUAUUGUUUAGUACAAAAACAAUAAACAGAUGAAAAUAAUGUAAUGUUGUCCAUAUAUCAAUAAAUAAAGAUUUAAACAUAGAA